GUUCCGGUUCCGGCUCCGCGAGGGCGGGGGAGAUGCUGCGGGCACCCGGGGGGCGGCCCGGGGCCGCAUUUCUGCGGCUGGCCGUGGCGGCGCGCACCAUGGCUGGAGCGCCCACGGUCUCGCUCCCUGAACUGCGUUCGCUCCUGGCCUCCGGCCAGGCCCGGCUCAUCGAUGUGAGAUCUCGGGAGGAGGCGGCAGCGGGGACCAUCCCGGGGGCGCUCAACAUCCCGGUGUCUGAGCUGGAAAGUGCCCUGCAGAUGGAGCCCGCUGCUUUCCAGGCUUUGUACUCCGCCGAGAAGCCGAAGCUGGAAGAGGAGAACCUCAUUUUCUUCUGUCAAAUGGGCAGGCGGGGCUUGCAGGCCACGCAGCUGGCCCAAGGCCUUGGAUACACAGGGGCUCGCAACUUCGCAGGAGCCUAUAGAGAAUGGUCCCAGAAAGAAGGUUAGGUAGAAGGAGGCUAACUUAUUGCCCCUCUCCCUCGCCCCCAUGGCCGCCUUAACUAAGGGUGGUGAAGGGGCUGACUCCUCAGGUUGGGACAGCUCCUUACAGUGCUGUGCACGCAAAAGCAUCCAAUA